AUGGGACGAGAAGAUCAGAUCGAAGAGCGUGAAGUGCUCGAAUCUAUUUUUCCUGAUGAAAUCACAGAUAUCUCUGAAACCGAGUUUAGAGUAUCAGUCGCAUUAGACAUUCCAGGUGAAGAAGAUCAAGAUCCUCCUACCAUGCUUCUCCAAGUGAGAUAUCCAGAAGAAUAUCCCGAAAAGCCACCUCAUCUCGACAUUCUCGCACCUCCAAAUGCCACACCUCACGAACACUUCAAUGUUGCAGAAGAUCGCGACCAGCUCCUUGCCAGUCUAGACGACACCAUUCAAGAAAACAUCGGAAUGGCAAUGGUCUUUGCAAUCGUAUCAACACUGAAGGACAAUGCCGAGCAGCUUGUCCAAGACCGCAAGGACGUCAUCACAAAGGCACAUGAGGAAGCUGCCCUGGCUGCUGAGGCAGAAGAGAACAAAAAAUUCCACGGCACAGCUGUUACGCCCGAGACAUUUUUGAAGUGGCGUGAAGGUUUCUUGAAGGAGAUGGAGGAGAAGAGGCAGCAGGAGGAAGACGAGCGUCUUGCUGAGCUGAAAAAGGCGAAGACCAAGGAGCCCGCUCGCAUGACGGGUAGACAGCUCUGGGAGAGGGGUCUUGCUGGUAAGGGUGAGGAGGAAGAGGAUGACAUGCCUGUUGAAGGUGUCGAGAAACUCAAAGUUGAGGCCGCAUAA